AUGUUUAUAUGGAAAGCAUGCAGUGAGGCCCUUCCCACUCUGGCUAAUCUUAAAAGGAGAAAGGUAGUAGAGGACAACCUCUGUCUAAUAUGCAACCAAGAACCUGAGACUUCUGGCCAUGCCUUAUGGGGCUGUAUUGGGGCAAGAGACGUGUGGUGUCAAGGUCCAAUGAAAGUGCAUAAAUUAUCUCUUCAAAGUGACUUGAUUUUCAAUGUUUGGGCAAGCCUGGUUGGCACACUUGCUCCAAUGGAGUUAGACGAAGUUGCAGUCACAAUGAGGGUGAUAUGGUCUAGAAGAAAUGACAAUUUGCAUGGGAAAGGUUUUAAACAUCCACAGAUAAUCACAGAUCAGGUCAGGACAAUAAUUUCAUCUCACAAGGAGUCCCUCCAACAGAAAAAUGGUCUUAACACAAAGUUUCUGGCAAGAGCUAAUAGAUGGACAAAACCUGCAGUAGGGAUCCUAAAAGUUAACUGGGACGCAGCCAUGCAAUCGAGGGAAGGAAAAAUUGGUAUAGGUGUAAUCAUAAGAGACCAUCAAGGCCUUGUGGUAGGCGCUCUUCGUGCUAACAGACCCCUAAGAGGCAAUGCUUUUGAUGCGGAAGCUUAUGGAAUCCUUAUGGCAACUGUUUUUUGCAAGGAUCUAGGUUUAAGACAAUUAUGCCUGGAGGGGGAUUCAAAACAGGUAGUGGAUCUUUUGAACCAAGAUGACUCCAAUUGGAGCAUGGGUGGAUGCCUCAUUACAGAUGCCAAAAAUAUUUUAAAUUCGACUGCUACUUGGUCUGCUUCACAUGUAUAUCGUGAGGCUAAUAUGGCAGCUCAUAUGCUUGCAAAGGUUGCACUCGACUGCAUUGAAGACAUUUGUGAGAUUGAGAUGUGUCCAACCUGUAUUUUUCCUUUGGUCACUAAAGAAAUGAGCUGA